AUGUCUCGCUUGCUCAACUUGGUCAUUCUGGUAUUAUGCGUUUGCAGUUUACUGUUCAACGGAUGCUUGAGCUCACCGUCUCCAUUGAGGCUGAAAAAGUGGUACAAUUGGAACACGGACAUCGAAGUCGCGAAGAAGUGGUACGACUGGCAGGACGUUCCGCCGGCCAUCCAGCAAAAGCGGCUCGACAUUGACCAUCAUGAUCUGUUGCGAUUCUAA